CCAAAAUAGCUUGCAAGCAUUUAUAGCCAUUCUUUACAUAGUAAAAUUUUCCAUUAUGAACAAUGCUUCUCACCUUGAUUUGAUUGGUGAACCCGUAAGUAUUGCGAAAAGUCACGUCUUAAAACAUAAUCGCAGAACCAUAACACAUCUCUCAUUUCUCGUGAGCUAACCAUAACGAUCAAGAAAGAUUUUCUAAAAUUUCAGCAAUCGUGGCGAAGCUAUAUAAAAAAGAAGAGGAGAGCAAAAAGGUAAUGGAGGAGGAAGAAGAGGAGGAAGACGACACAUUUGAGGAUGCCGUGUGCAACAAGACACCAGCGAGAGUCAACACACCUUUGUCUAUAAUCACAGAGGCGUUUGAAAAUCUAGCUGAUCUUCUAAAACCAGACAUAAUCACCGAAGAAGACGGGUUGAGUCUUGAUGCAUUCUGCAAUGCGUGUACACACGUCUCUGUCCUCUUCAGCUGCCUAGGGUUCGCCUUCAAAUUUGCUGAGAUGGAGUACAUCUCCAAAGUUAACGACUUGGUUGAAGCCUCGAAAACAUUAGACACGUUACAGAAUAUUUUGGACCUAGACGUGGAGAAAGAUACGGUGAAAACACCUGGAAGCCGUUCACGUAACCUGAGACGCGUGAGACUAGGGUUAGACCUAAUCCGAGCAAUCUUCGAGAAGUUCUUGAUGACAGAUGAGUACUCUUUGAAAGACGCUGCGACAACAGCUUACACAGAAGUAUGCGCACCGUUUCAUACAUGGGCUGUUAGAACCGCGGUUUACGCGGGAAUGUAUACGCUUCCGACGAGGGAUCAACUUCUGAUACGGCUCGAUGAAACUGAACAAUCUGUUGAGAAGAACAUGAGGAGGUACAUGGAAGCUUCACGUCCCAUCGUAGAGUAUAUUGACAAACUUUACAUUGAAAGGAACAUUAAACUCGACUGGUAACCAUUUUUGUUACUACGUCAGUUUUGUCUUUGUAAAUUACUAUUAUUACUAUUGAUAUUUUUUCGUCUUUGUCUUUGUAAAUUAAAAUGGAGCUUUUGUUUGAAGGCCAAAAACCGAGGGUUUGUCAUUGUCACUUGAUGUAAUACUCACCUUAAUCAAAUCAAAACGUUUUCAAAACUCCUUUUCUCCACUACCAGUUUAUUUCUGAAGUUGACCGUUUGGUAUCGACAAAACUUUCUUUGGGUUUCGGUACUAAUGUUAUUUUUUCGGUUUUGGUCAAUUAUGUUAUUGGAUGCUUACUAGAAUUAUAUAUGAUCUACAAAGACGCACGUAGUCUAUACUAGAAUUAUAUAUCGUUAAUGUCAAACUAAUAGUGCCAUAGUCUGGGUGGUGUAGUCGGUUAUCACGCUAGUCUCACACACUAGAGGUCCCUGCUUCGAACCCGGGCUCAGACAUUUUCAAGUUUUUUCUAAAGGAAAAAUCCCUAUAUCAUUUAGUUGCUGGCUUGCUGUUGGUUCCAUUAUCCAUCCCAUAGCCUGGUUUUUGACCAUGUCCACUGGGUUCGGUAGAUACCCACCGUGGAAGGAUCCAUUUACUAGACGAUGGUUUAUAGCUUAAGUCUUCAUGACAUCAUCAAGCUACGUACUAUAAUUUGAAAAAAGUUUAUGCGUAGUCUCACUCACCAAUAAAAUGCGUUAUCAUCUUAAUGUAAGGUUGUUGUACUGUACACAAGAUUUAGUUAUCGAUAUUUGAAUUCUCUGUAAACGUUAUAAACCAACAAUUGUUCGAAGCUCCAUAGUUCGUUCAUCCUAGGUACCAAAGUCUAAUAAAAACAUACAAAGAGUCUUCUCCUGCGUUCUACCAUUAAAAUACCGGAAAUUUCUAUAAGACCAAUACAAACCUUUUCGCCUACAUUUCCACAUGGUCUCGUUGCUCAUGGUUCUGUUAACAAUCUCGUAUUUUCUGUUUGUUUAUAUUGUUCUUGUACUUUCUUUAGAUGUAAUCUCUUAUUUGAUUUAUUUUUGUUUAAAACCCAUCAUCCACUAAAAUCGUUUAGACUUUGUUAACAAAUAAUUUUAACACAGGAACAAAAUUUCGCCCUAGCAUUAAGAAGGUGUCAAGGAUUGUUCAAGUAAAAAUCGACACGCAAGUAUUGCUCCCUAUAGUGAGGGCAUCUGAGUCACAUGCUUCCACACGCCACCAAAGAGUUUGGAACUUCCCAUACCCAUAUAUAAAAGUAUACAAUAGAUUGGCAUGCUUAAAUGGUGAACACAUCAUUCUGAGAACACGUGUUAGAGAGUCGUUCAUACAAACACCUUAAGAUGCUCCACCAAAAAAGGGAAUCUUAGUCAUGUGCUGUUCCUGGGCAUUUUUAUUUGACUUAUAUAUAUUAUUUGUUUUUUAAAACUGUGGAGACUUCACAUGAGCUAUUAUAUAGAUGCAUGGUACGCAAGUCUUGGCGGUCUUAAAUUAAUGAAUUGAAGGGAUUCGUUUAUCUAAUAUUUCUUGCUUCAAUUAAUUGCUUAUAGUUUUUCUUAUAAAUUCAGCUUAAUGUUCACAUAAUAUUGACAGUACAUUUAAGUUUCAAGCAUUCUUUUUUUUUUUGCUGAAAGAUUUAAAAAACUUUAAUACUCCCUCCGUUCCUAAAAUAUGUAUGUUCUGGAAAAAAAAUUUGUUUCAAAAAGAUACAUUUUUUACCAUUUCAAUGUAUGAUUUUAUGAAAAAUUGUAAGUUUCAAAAAUAUUAAUGGUGUUUAUUGAAUUUCUAUUGGCUAAAAGUUAUGGAAAAUUGUUAUUCACAAAAAAAUAAUGCAUAUUUAAUGAGUUUUCUUAAUAUAUGUGAAAAGUCUAGAAUAUGCAUCUCUUAAAAACAGAGGGAGUAUUAAGCUCUCAAACCGAUGAGAUGAAAUGAUACUUCAUCCGUUCCUAAAACGCAUUAAAUCGCUAUAAUAAAUUUAUUGUUUUCUGUAAUUUUCAAUUUUCAACAACUUUUAAUCAAUAGCAAUCUAAUAAAAUCAAUUAAUUUUCUUAAAGUUUGCAAUUUUUUUAUAGAAAACAUAGAAUAUACAUCUUUUUGAAACAAACAUUUUUUUUUUGUAACUUUUUCUAUAUAUUUUCUGUUUUGGUCUAGGGCCAGUGACUUUUAUAGAGAUGUUUGGACCGGCGCUGGUCACUUAAUGCCCAGCCAAAUUUCAGAGAAGACAUGCAUUAUUGGUAAUACUUUUUAAAAAUAUUUUCAUACUUUCUCGAAGGAAUGAAUCUUGGCUUUUGUUGCAACAACGACUUACCUUCCAUCUUGGCUUUUGUUUUUUUUUUUUUUUGCUAGAAUGUUAAUAUCAUAUAAAAUGAACAAAGAACUUACAAAAGAGUUCUAGACAAAAUGUUUCCGAGGCAAAAAAAUAAAACAAGGAAAACAUUACACACAUCUCAUAAGGUAAAACUAGAGAGAUGGCUGAUCAGCUUAAUCUCAGCCACAGAGAUAGAAGAGCAGAGAACUCCUUUCUGUGUCUUCUGCCAAGAAUAAUGUUCCUUAUCUCACGAUCAAUAGACUUGAAAACCGACGUCGCCGGGAUGAAGAUAUGGUUGUGCAGCGUAUGGUUUCGCUGUCUCCAUAUAUGGUAUAUAGUUGCUUGAGCUGCAAUCUUUCGCUGUCUCCAUAUCUUGGCUUUGUUGUUCGAUAGAUAAUGGCUUUAGCGUUGUCGCUAUUGUUGUUGAUUUUUAGAAAGUUUUUUGGUAUUGGACCUGGCUGUGGUCCGAGCAAGCUGCGUUUUUCUGCAGACUGUGCUCCCUUUUGUAAAUGUUAUGUACUGAAAGGUAUUUUCAGAGAAGAAAAAACGCAAACCAAAAUUUCAGAGAAGACAUGCAUUAUUGGUAUAAUACUUUUGUUUUAAUAUUUUCAUACUUUCUCUUUUUUGAGAAAGAUAUUUUCAUACUUUCUUGAAGGAAUGAAUCUCUUAAAAUUGACCUAUAUGUAUAAGAAAAGGCCUACGAACUUGAAAACUUACGGCAAACAAUGAUUGGUCGAGUGCUACUAUUAUUGCGCUUCUAGGAUCUAUAAAUUUUAGUCGGCCAAUAAUUGGAGGCUGUGAUAGAAUUUUUUUUCUUAUAGAAAGGAGGACAUUUGAGAAAUUAAAAUUAGAAAAGUGAAAUUAUAGAGAAUCCCUCUCACUUUUUUCUGGUGGAUUCCAACUCGUAACUUUUUUUCCUUUCCAACAAGUUUUAUGAUACGGUUUAAACUCAUGCACUGGUUAAUAAUGCUGUAUAUGUUUUUCUUUCUUUUUUUUUUUUUUUUUGGAGCGAGUAUUUCUCCCUAGUUGGAAAUCCUAACCCAAUGGGAACAAAUGCCAAGCCAAAAUAUAAAAAAUUGCAUUAUAUUUGGUCUGAUUUAGUCGUAGUGGAUCAUAUAGGGUAUAUGAUAUGUAAACGUCUCAAAGAUUGUCCCUCAUUUUUGCAUUUCUUUUUUACCUUUUUCAUAUUUUAGGCAGCAAAAAAAUCGUAUAUAAUCUAUGUUAGAUGAAUAAAAUUAAUAGUUUAACAGAAGCAAAACAAAAUACUAAUCAAUUUCAAUGUGGGAAUUUCCAAAAUAUCAAUUGCGUUUCCAAACAAAUUUAAUAUAUUAAUUUAUUAAUUCCAAAUGAUCAAGAUGUGUACGUAUUCCAUUCAAUGAUAAGCCGACUAGGUCUUUGCAGGUUUAGUUUAUGUGUCCUGCAACCUACAUUUCCAUUAUUUUCUGUAGCAUAAGAUCAGGACAUCCCUAAGAACUCAGGGUUGUUAAAAAUAUAUACCACUUCAUAUGAAUUAUCAUUAUAAUUACUGCAAUGAUAAUUUUGGAGCAUGCAUUAUUAGUUGAUAGUUAAAGCUAUAAAUGUAUAAGCCACCAAAUCCCACAGUGAUCUUCUUGUGGCAUGUAGGGAGAAAUGGGUGAAGUAACACUAAUGGGUUGUUCACAAGUAGACAGCCAAUAACGUGAGACCAAAAACCCUAAUCAAAUCCUAAUUAUCGUAAUGAGUUAUCUAGUUAUACUUUCUAAUCAUUAACAAAAUAUUUUAUUCGUUGUCGCUAGCUCAUAGGAGUCAUAGCUACAUAAACACUUAGUUAGGUCCACGCCUACGAUAUAAGAAGUCCAUCAAGUUGGUCCUUUGAGCAUAUUAUAUAUAACAACCUAUUUUUGUUUUGUGUUUACAUCAGUUAUGAGGAAAAAAUUGAAAUGUCUUAUUUUCAUCUUCUCUAUGAGUCAAAAUAUUGAACUGACCCACAUGGGAUUGUGACAACAAUUAAAUAUUAAUACUAGUUAGUCUAGAUUCUAAACUUUGGGAAAACAUGAGAAAUUUACUAACAAUAAUUCAGGAAAUA